AUGAAAGAUCUUGGGCGGUUGAAGUAUUUUCUUGGGAUUGAGGUGGCUCGUAAUGAUGAGGGUAUUUUAUUGUGUCAGCGUAAAUAUGCUCUUGAUAUCAUUUCCGAGGCCGGUUUGUUGGGUGUAAAGCCGUCUCCUUUCCCCAUUGAACAAAAUCACUCUUUGGCUCUUGCGUGUGGUAAUUUGUUAGAGUCUCCAGAACGAUAUCGUCGGCUUGUUGGUCGUCUUAUAUAUCUUUCUUUCACUCGACCUGAUUUGGCCUAUGCAGUUCAUAUUCUAGCUCAAUUUAUGCAGGCUCCUCGUGUGGAACAUUGGGAUGCGGCAUUACGUGUUGUACGCUAUCUCAAAGGUUCUCCUGGUCAAGGUAUUCUUCUUCCCUCUAGCUGUGACUUACAUCUUGUUGGUUGGUGCGACUCUGACUGGGCUAGUUGCCCUCUUACUCGACGCUCAUUGACUGGAUGGAUUGUGUUUCUUGGUGGUUCUCCAAUUUCUUGGAAAACCAAGAAACAACAUACGGUUUCUCGUUCGUCUGCUGAGGCUGAAUAUCGUUCAAUGGCUUCUGUCACUUGUGAACUUAAAUGGCUAAAGGGUCUGCUUUCUAGUUUGGGCGUUGAUCAUUCUGCUCCUAUGAUGUUGUACUGUGAUAGUAAGUCUGCUUUGCAUAUCGCCUAG